GCCCUGGAGACCAGACUCAGCUAUUUAGCUCCACAGCAGGGACAUCCUUGUCUGUGCCAAUGUCUGAAAUCUGAACAGGAUCAGCUGUAGAACUGGGAGGAGCUUCCAGUCCAUGACCCUAUUUAGUUCAUCUCCUCUCAGCCAAGCCUGCUGAGGGAGUGGAGCAGGGAGCGCCCAUCUGUGGAGUGGAUCCCUGUCUGCUUGGAACUGCGAGAGACUCAGCAAUGCAGGAAAUCCAGCAAGGGAACAUGGAAACAGCUGCCGGAUAAUUCAGUGAUGAGGGCCUGGAAGAGAGAAAGCACUAAGGACCAACGAAUCCUGACUGUGGAGUACCAAAUGCAUGGGGAAAUUUCUGCAAAGACCACCCCAGCAGGACAAAGUGUACUGAGAAGGAAAAUGAGCAACCAAACUUCAGUGACUGAGUUUCUUCUCUUGGGAUUCUCUGGUGUUCGGGAGCUGCAGCUGUUACACUUUGUCAUGUUUCUAGUUCUUUAUCUGGCAGCCCUGAUGGGGAAUAUUCUCAUCAUCACAGUCAUAGCCCUUGACCAUCAUCUUCACACACCCAUGUACUUCUUCCUCCUCAACUUAUCCUUCAUAGACCUCUGCUACAUCUCUGUCCCCAUUCCUAAAUCCAUGGUCAAUUCACUAACCAACUCCAGGUCAAUUUCAUACUCUGGGUGCCUCACGCAAGUCUUUCUCUUUCCAUUGUUCGCUGUAGCUGAGCUCACCUUCCUCACUGUCAUGGCAUACGAUCGAUAUGUCGCCAUCUGCCAACCUCUUCAUUAUGAGACUAUAAUGAACAGAAGAGCUUGUGUCCGAAUGGCAGCCAGUGCAUGGCUCAGUAGUAUUCUCAGCUCUGCACUACACACUGGGACCACAUUUGCAUUAACCUUCUGUGGAGGGAACGUAGUGAAUCAGUUCUUCUGUGAAAUCCCCCAGCUACUCAAGCUCACCUGCUCUGAGACAUAUCGCAGAGAAUCUGGAGCAAUUGUUUUUAGUGCUUGUUUAUCUUUAAGCUGCUUUGUUUUUAUAAUUGUGUCAUAUGUUCAGAUCUUCACCACUGUGCUGAGAAUCCCCUCUGAGCAGGGCCGGCGUAAAGCCUUCUCCACCUGCCUUCCUCACCUCUUUGUGGUUUCCUUGUUCCUCUGGACUCUUACUGUUGCCUACCUGAAGCCCACCUCCAGCUCAACAACAGGCCGGGAUCUCAUGGUGGCUGUUCUCUAUUCCGUGGUGCCUCCAAUGAUGAAUCCCAUCAUCUACAGCAUGAGGAACAAGGAGAUCCAAGCUGCCCUGAGGAGACUGAUAGCAGGGAGAUUAUUCACCAUGAAUAUAAAGUCCAUAGUUCUGCCUUGACUGUGAUAUUAUUCUGUUGACGGCCCAUCAAGGACACUUAGCUCUCACAAUGGACUAUAGAAGAAACUCGUUCCCCCCAGUAAGGCUUCCUGAGGACACCUCACCAAGAAUAUGAGCAAUGGAUGCACCUGUGAAUCAUCAAAGCAUGUAAGGACAUGUGAUAUGCUCAUGUGACCCUGGACUCCAUCUUGAAACAGUAACUCUCUACAAACAGAGGUUGUGAACUUUCAUUGAGAUAGUAAGAUUUCUUGUGCAUGACAGAGGAUAUAAAAGACCCCUGAGCCAUCUCCAUUUUGUCUUCAUUUUCUGCUUCAUUUCUAUGGACUGGAUUUUUACCAAGCAAGCUUGGAACAAGAACUGAUGACCCCCUAAUGCGUUUGGGUGAUUCCAGAGAGACAUUUGCAAGCUAAUAAUUUGUUUAAUCACUGCUAUGAUCUUGAUCUUUGAAUGCUGAAAGACCACUUGAAUGUAUAUGAUCUAUUAACCAUUAAUAAUUCUCUUUUUCGUCUUUAUAAAUAAACAUUUAAAUUUUAGUUACUAAAGGAUUGGUAUCAGCAUGAUUAUUGGCUAAGAUCUAAGUUAUAUAUUGACCUGGCUUAGUGGCUGAUCCCUUGGGACUGGAAGGACCCUAUAUCUGAUUAAAUUGGUUUUCAGUAAUCACUCAUCCUAUACUGCAGUGUCUGGAUGGUGAGCCGAGGGAUGGGAUGCCUAAGGAGACUGCAUUUUUGGCUUCUUGUUAACCAGUGUGGUGAGACAGAAGUUCACUUUUGUUACUGUCUUUGUAUAAGCUAAUGGUGGAAUAGUCACCAGUUUGGUGACAUCCCUAAAGACAGUCCUACCUGACUCUGUA